AUGCCUAAACAGUUUUUAGCAGUGAUGAAAUAUGAGUUUAUAUCUUUAUCUCAUGAAGAAGUGAUUCAACUUAUAUCCUGUUCUGACCUUACUGUUCCAUUUGAAGAAAAUGUAUUUGAAAGUGUUAUCAAUUGGUUAAAACAUGAAUUGGGUUGCAGAAAACAAUUUUUGCCAGAAUUAAUGGAACAUGUAAGAUUGCCAUUAACUUCAAAAGCGUAUGAGUCCGAAUCUAUUAGACAAUGUAGUCGAAGAGUCUCUUCUAAAAAACCACCGACAAAUUACAAAACAGCUUCAUUUUGA